AUGGCAGGUGAAUUAGAUGCUGAUAGUAAUAGUAGAGCGUCAGGUAUCACCAUCCCCGCUAACGGUCAGAGACGAAGACAAUCAAUAAUGAUGCUGUCAGAAAGUGUGAAAAGUCGGAGGUCUUUGAAGAGUCAUUCGAGGGUGAUACCUGCUGCUGCCACACCACCUCUGGGAAAGAGUAUUGAAUCUAAUGCAUUGAUUGAUGUCGGAUCACCCAGUUUCAAAUCUCCAAAUUUGGAGCAUGAAGCUGAAAUAAUUCAAUCUUUGAAACAGAAUUAUUUGAGAGAUAACAUUAACAAGUCAAGCUCAUUCUCACAACUAAGCAAAAAAUCACAUUCAUCAACCUUACAAGACAGCGAUGCUCCGAGUGAGACUGCAAUAAGCAUUCCAGAGCAUGACUCUAAUCUUAAUACAGAAGGCGGUGAUAUAUUAAGAGAUUUGUAUAAGUUAUCUUCAAAUCUUGACAAUAAUGUGAAAAAAAAUAGAAACAAAUCAGCAGACGAUUUGUCAAUAUCUGGCGCUCAUAGGCGGAAAGGAUCCACUGCAAGUGCGUUAAAUGUACCAGGUGGGUUCAGAAGAGAAUAUAUAGUGCAAAAAAUACGGAAUGAGUUGCCUCGGCAAAAUUGCACUACAGACUCUGAAUCACAUCACACCACUCCAUCCUAUGGUUCAGUAACAUCAUCUAACUUAGAAGAUCAAACCAAUGUUGCAGAUAAGGUACCAUUCCUAACAAGGAACUUUUUGGAAUUCUUAUAUGUUUAUGGGCAUUUUGCAGGUGAAACUUUCAACGAUGAUUUCGCAGUAGAUGAAGAUGAUGAAUUUAAUGAAUCUGAAGUGCCUCUCCUGAAUGCCAGCGACAGAGAGCGCCUAGGUCAUAAUAAGCGAGUGAUUGCAAGACCGUCUCAAGUGAAAACUUCUACUUUCAAGGCCUUUUUGUUGAUGCUCAAAUCGUUCAUUGGUACAGGUGUUCUAUUUUUACCAAGCGCCUUUGCUAAUGGUGGGUUGAUAUUUUCAGUUUUAAUGCUUUCAUUUUUUGGUAUGUACUCAUACUGGUGUUACUACAUUCUUAUCAGAUCUAAAGUUGCAACUGGUGUUUCCUCAUUCGGUGAUAUAGGGAUCAAACUAUAUGGUCCGUGGAUGAGAUAUGCUAUUCUAGCUUCUUUAAUUUUAACACAGUUGGGCUUUUCUGCCGCAUAUGUUGUGUUCACAUGUAAGAAUUUGUUGGCAUUUUUCCAGAAUGUUUUCCAUCUUCAUUCUUUGCGUAUUGAACAUCUAUUAAUUCUACAAACAAUCAUAUUCAUUCCGUUAGCGUUUAUCAGAAAUGUUUCUAAACUUUCCUUGACAUCAUUGUUGGCCAAUUUUUUCACUAUGGCAGGCCUAAUUAUAAUUGUCUUCUUCGUUGUAAAACAUUUGGUUAUUGAUUUGGACUUAAAACCUGAAGCUGGAAUUAUUUAUGGGUUCAACUCAUCAAAAUGGUCUUUGUUCAUUGGUACUGCGAUUUUUGCAUUCGAGGGUAUUGGUCUAAUCAUUCCUGUCCAAGAUUCAAUGAGGAAACCAGAGAAGUUCCCUCUUGUGUUGGGUCUGGUCAUCUUAACUGCAACUGUGUUGUUCAUUUCUAUUGCAGCAUUGGGUUAUCUAGCAUUCGGAAGGUAUAUUGAAACAGUGAUUUUACUGAACUUGCCUCAAGACAAUAUUUUCGUGAAUUUGGUGCAAUUUUUCUAUUCUCUUGCGAUCUUGUUAUCCACUCCAUUGCAGCUAUUCCCAGCCAUUGGGAUAAUCGAAAGUAAGCUCGUUCCAAAAUUCAGGAAAACAGUUUCUCCUACUAAUAAGAACGACGUCCAAUUGAGCCCAAACUCUGGAAAGCUAGACUGGAAAGUUAAAUGGACAAAGAACUUUUUGAGAUCCAUCAUUGUGAUUUUUGUUAUUUGUCUUGCUUACUUCGGUAGCAGUAAGUUGGAUGUGUUUGUCUCCUUUAUCGGAUGUUUCGCGUGCAUACCAUUAGUAUACAUGUAUCCUCCACUGCUUCACUUGAAGAGUUGCAGUCAACCAGCAUAUAAGCAAAACCAAACAUUGAAAAACAGACUUAUGAUAACUAUGGAUUAUGGUCUUGUUAUCUUUGGUGGAGUAAGCAUGUUGUACACUUCCUAUCAAUGUAUUAUGGGCUAG